AGACGGAAGACGAGGAAGAAGAAGACUUUGAGGGGCGCAGCCGUAUUCGUUUUUCUGAGGUCCAGAUCAAGAUCUCAAAGAUAAAAUUUUUUUCCCCUGGGCACAGACUUACGCCUUGCCCGUGGGUCUGACCACGAUGUCGCGACCCCCUCGAAUGCCGUUUUACGGGCCGCCACCUCCGUCUACGGGGUUCUACAGGGGAGGCCCUCAGUUCCCGACUCCAAGACGACGGCCUGCGAUGCUGAGCAGUGCCCCAUACGCUCUCGCCACUCCCGACGGGCGGAACGCUCCUCAACGCGGAGGUCCCUCUAUCUUCCUGCCCAACCUGCCACCUUUCCUACCACUGGGAUCGAGGCCAUACCCCACGGGCGCCAUCAUUCGCGUUCCCGGCAUGCCGCCCAUGGUCGCUGGGGAACCUAUUCCUCUGGAACCAGGCGAACCCCUGCCUCCCUAUAUGCGACCGCCGAUGAACCCGGCCACCGCGGCUCAACAAGCGGUAUCUGAGCAACAGCAACCUGCUCUCAUCAUACUGCCCACUUCGGGUGGCUCUUCGGCGCCCACAGUUGUACCCAUACCGAUACCGAUGCCCAUGCCGAUGCCGAUACCGUCGCCGGCACCCGCUGGCAGCUCAUCUCGGGGUCCGAUCGUCAUCGCUCCCCAGGGACCCUCGUACCCACCGCCCCCUCCUCCACUUCCCCCUCCGCCUCAGCCUCCGCCUCCCCCACAACAGCAGCUGCCGGCCAGUGUCCCUGAAGUUAUGGCAAUCAUGGCGAUGAUGCGCCAGUUCAGCACAAUGGACGGCGCGUACGACGAUGACGACUCGAGUGAAGAAGACAGGGAGUCGGCCAAGCGGCGGAAGGACAAGAAAAAGGAGAAGAAGGAAAAGAAGAAGAGGAAGAAAGCACGCGCCAAGGAGCGGGCUCGACGCGAGAAAGCUCGCAACCAGGAGCUGCAGAAGAAACAGGGAGAGGCGGCUAAGCAGAAGCGUACGCAGCAGCAAAAGUCCCGGCGCAAGACUAUAGCGGAAGCCGGCUUCAACCAAGAUUUCACUUAGACCGGGACACUUGGAAGUACAAACAUCCGGCGCUCCUUUGAACUGUGGCUUUGCUAAUCUACCGGGCUAAGUAUAUAACGUGCAAAUGAGCCACGCAUUUUAAAUGUAAAAAAAAAGACGGGGGGGGGGGCGAAAUCCACGUUUUAAAACCUUUGUUUUUCAAAUCAGAUGUGCCAAUGUUGACGACGACAACUUAUUCGCCUGUUAAUGCAGCCAUGCGUAGUGUGUCCAGCGGACACACUACGUAUUUGAAAAGAGAUCCUUAUUUGAUUCAGGCACAUAAAAAAAAGGCUUUACUUUUAUUAGCAACACGCAAUAUUGAUUUUACUAUAUUAUUUAAAAAAAGCAGUAAUUCGAUGCAGAACCGAAGCUCCUUGUAUAUUUCAAGUUGAGAUGGAGAGAAAUACUACAAAAAUUUUGUUUUCUUUAUACGCUUUUAACAAGGCACUCUCAAAGACUAGCGGACAUGGUGGCGAAUUUUUGGUCUGAUAUUAAAAUUUUUGAUGGAGAACACAGCAGUUUGCAACUUAACUAUAGUGACUGCUUUGUCUGCCUUUCUUUCAGUCAAGCCACGCGUUUCUUUAUGCAAUGAUGUCACUAUUGCAUAAUGUGUGGCGGUUCUUGCAGGUGAUUGCAGAAUAUUUUCGCAAACUCUAGGCCUUUGGAGAAGUCGGUGACGUAUCUGCUGUUUCAGCCAAUCAGCUCAGAGUCUGAGAAAUUACCGAGUUCUACAGAUCAAUAAAUUCACUUUCGAUUUUA